CACGCGGGAAAAGAUGGACGAUUACAAGGUAAACAACUGAGCAAAAUAAUAAGCAUGGACUGCGGCGCUAGUCCGUUGUUUGACGGCGACCCUCUACUCCGCAGCUGCUGCACAUGAUCUCAGAGGGUCCGCUGGGUCCUAGUCUACUAGUGAAGGAGAAGACCACGGGAGAAAAGUGCGUCGUAAAACAGGUAGAGUGCACGGACUACACACAGGCGAUGCUGGCCUACAAUCAGGCUCUCCAGCUGCAGAGGCUGGGGUCCCAUGAGUCAGUUUGUAGCUACAGGCAUUUCUUUGUUCAGUGGGAGAGAGAGGCUCAUGCAGUCUACCUGUGCACUGUGACACCCUACCAGGAGCUAGGGAGCCUUAGUUCUUUCAUAGAGGCACAGAGAGAAAAGAAAGGGUCAAUUGACGAAGAGGUUCUCAAAAACUGGACGGCUCAGCUGGUGGAGGGACUGUGCCAUUCUCACAGUUUAGACCUCUUGCAUCGCAAUAUCAAACUCAGCAACAUCUUCCUCUCUUCCCCCACCUCCCUCCUUCUGGGAGAUUUCACCGUCCCUGUGGUCAUGGAGAACAUGAAAGAAGUGGCGUCAAAGAGAGGAGGUAGUCUCCAGUGGCUGGCACCAGAGGAGAUGGAAAAGAGAGGAGAAGGAGAGGGAGAGAGAGGGAGUGAGAAGGGCAGAUGUGUGGUCCCUGGGAUGUGUACUUAUCCAGUUAGCCACCUGCUCCUUCAUGGAUGCCAGCGACUGCUCCGUGCUGUUCCAGAGGUUACACAGAGAUCCCAGUGUUCUGGAGGAAGUUCUGGAUAAGAUAAGACAGGUGUACUCAGGAGAUGUGUCUCAGUUGGUGGAGAGCUGUCUGAGAAGAUCAGUGGAGCAGAGAGCAUCUGUCAGUGAGCUGAUGAAGAGCUCUGCCCUCCAGCAGAUCCUAUCUCCCAAUGAACCAAGUUCCGGCGGAGAAUCUGAAUCGUGUGACGACAAAGACGGAACAUCAAGCAGUGGAAACUUGUCCACUGGUAACGGUAAAAGAGAGGAUACCGGUGAGCGAGAUUGAAAUUAGCAUACUGGAAAAAAAACUCCAUUUUAACUCACUUUCUUCCAUGCAUCGAAUGUUCCACUUGGUAUAAUGUAACGGUAGCUGAAUACCUAGAAAUGUUUUUGUCUGUAUUCAUACACCACUAGUGUCUCUAGUAACAGAAGCUCUUUUAACCCUGGAGACUGCUGGCCCCCUCCCUGCGUUUCUCUCUUUUCUACUUGGCAACAGCUGCACCUGUCCCCGAUUGCAUACCAGGCAGCAUAGCUCGCCCUCCAGUAGUCAUGGCGAUUAACCGAUUAGCGUUAGUUGUGCUGACAGUGGGAAAUAUUUGCGUCUCCUUCUGUCACAUCUGCAGAUGAAGCCAGGUUUUCUUGCCCACGC